AUGUAUGGGGGAUUUUUUUUUUCGCUGACCGUGGCCCAAGCCAUCUGGAACCCGAUCAUUACAGGGUGGAAUCCGGAUCCUGCCAUCCUGACCGUGGGCGAUGAUUACUACAUUGCCACUUCCUCUUUCGAGUAUUGGCCGGGUAUUCCUAUCUAUCACAGCAAGGAUCUAUCCAAUUGGACUCUCAAAUCUCAUGCUUUGACCCGACCAGAGCAACUACAACUCUAUGGAACGCCUACUGGAGCAGGGGCCUGGGCGCCGAGUCUCUCUUUUAUUGAGGGAAAGUUCUGGCUUUCAGCAAUGACACGUUGGACCUAUGACCCCGUUGCCCGUGUUUGGCCUCGUGUCUGGUUCAUUUCUUCAGAAGACCUCGUUAACUGGUCAGACCCUGUCUGGGCUGAGCCAUGGGGUAUUGAUCCUGAGCUUUUCCAGGAUCCUGUAUCCAACAAGACCUAUCUGAACCUGAUGGCCCCUAACAAUAACAAGGAUCGGCUCUGGGGUAUCUCUCAAUGUGAAGUCUCGUUAACAUCUGGCAAUUGUGUGGGGCCUUAUGUUAGUCUAUGGAACGGGACUUUGCCUCACAAUUCGACGGCCAGACCUGAAGGACCCAAGAUGUAUUACAAGGAUGAUUGGUACUAUCUCCUGAUCGCCGAAGGUGGCACGGAUCAGCUGCAUCGGUCGACAAUCGCAAGAAGCAAGACUCCGUCUGGUCCAUUUACCGCCGGACCACACAAUCCUUUGCUGUACAAUGGUCAAUGGGGUUUUGACAACCUCACCGUCCAGUCCACGGGACAUGCUACCUUGACAAAGACCAAGGACGGGCUUUGGUAUGCGACGUUCUUAGCUCGCCGCAACGUCAACGGAUCCUCUCCUCUGGGCCGAGAGACAUUUAUUGUCAACGUUGACUGGAAACAUGACUGGCCAGUCUUUAAUCAAGGGGAUCCUGUUUUACUAAGUAAGCAGAUAAAGCCAGAGGUUGGCGCUAGACAAGUUCCUCGUCCAUGGGUUGACAACUUUUCUCACUCCGAACUCGACUCAUCAUGGUAUCAACUCCGGGUACCAUAUACUAAAAAUUACAAGUUAAAAAAAGGGAAACUGGUGCUUAAACCCAACGUCUUUGGGCUCAGUGAUCGUGAUACCCCCGCAGCAUUGCUGCGCAAGCAGAAGUCCCUCAAUAUGACAUUCUCAGCAGAGCUCUCCAGCUUCAAGGGCAACCUCGGCCCAAGGAAUAAGAUCGGAAUCUCUUCGUACCUAUCCGAGUUUCAGCACCAAGACAUCGGCAUUCGAGGAUGUGUUAACACUACGGGCAUUUGUAUUUAUACGGAACUCAACAAGAAUGGCACGCAGGAGUAUUGGCAAACUCCACUCAACCAAACAAGCGGUCUUGCUGGUGGCCUUAGACUACAUAUCAAGGCUGAACCCCUCGAAUACCGCCUAGGUUAUAGUGUUGGAAAAGAAGCCCCGGUAUAUGUGGCGUCAAUCGCAUCAUCCUGGCAAGCCUUUGCACCAGCAAAUUGGUUUGUCUUUUCUGGCGCAUCUUGGGCGAUAUUUGCAACUGGAGAUGGAGAGCCCUGGCCUCACAAUGGACCGCAAGUUGGAUUCAACGAGGUUACAGAGACUUUUCACAGGGAGGACAUUCCUGAUUACGAUCGAUGGUAGAGGUCGUGAGCUGAAGGCUGUCGUUGGUUUAUCUUUGUCUGUUCUUACUUUUCCUCCCCCAUCCGGGCGGCACAUGUCGGAGGAGCUAUAAAUAUCAUAUCUGAGGCUUGGGUUAUGGUGAGCCAUUAUGGCAAUCAAACCAAC